UGUUGAUGACGAUGAGCGACGACGAUGGUGUGGAUCUCACCGGCGAAUGCCGGCGUACUAUGCGACUCCUGGAAAUGUUGCGUCGCACGCACUAUGAGCUUGUGCAGGAGAAUGGCCAGCGACGGCUGACGGCACCAGAAGUAGCGCGCGGUCAGCGGGAACGUGGUAAGGGUGCGGAGGUGUUCCUGGGUCGUUUGCCGCGCGAUUGCUACGAGGACGAGCUGAUGCCGUUGCUGGAGCAGGUGGGCCGGCUUCUGGAGUUGCGACUGAUGCUCGACUUCUCCGGGUCGACGCGCGGCUACGCGUUCGCGUUGUACGAGGAUCCGCGGAUUGCUCGGGAGGCGUGCGAACGUCUUGACGGCCACGAGAUCCGGCCGGGCCAUCGCAUCGGCGUGGUCAAGUCCAUGGACAACUGUCGGCUCUUCUUCGGCGGCGUACCCAAGACCAAGACCAAGCCCGAGUUCAUGGAGGAGCUGACCAAGAUAUUGGACGGCAUCACGGACAUCUACGUGUACCCGAGCGCCCACGAUCGCAACCUAAAUCGCGGUUUUAUCUUCGUCGAAUUUCGAGAUCAUCGAGCGGCCGCGAUGGCCCGGCGCAAACUUAUACCCGGCAAAGUGAUGCUGUGGGACCACGAGAUCGCGGUGGAUUGGGCAGAACCUGAACCGGGCGAUCCGAUCGAUGAGGACAUCAUGGAGACGGUGACGGCUCUGUUCGUAAGGAACCUCACGCUCGAUAUGCCGCAGCAGAAGGUGAGGGAGAUUCUCUACAAGCACACGAACGUGCCAAUAUUGAAGCUGAAGAAGAUCAAUCACUUCGCUUUCAUUCACUACGAGAAUCGCGAAGCCGCGCAGACUGUAAUGGAUAUAAUGCAAAAACCGGAUAGUAUUGUCGAGAAGCAAGGUUGGGAGGUCCGUUGGGCGAAACCUAUCGGAGCAUCCAAGGCCCUAGAAAGAGAACGAUUCAUUCGCGAGGCAGCAGUCAACUCGGAUGUCAAAAUGACCGAAAUUCCGCGUCCAAAACAAGGGAAGAAACGUUUCACCAAAACGCACGCGAAAAUGCACGAGGACAACAGCGUUUACCUGGCACAGAUGAAGGUCCUGCAGGGUUUCGUCAAGGAUAGAUUCGACGCGAUGUGUACCUUUAACUGUGUAGAAAUGCUGGAUGCGCCCGGAUAUGUUGGCACGAUAAUUAUUCACAAAGAUGAGUUCAUAAUGUUCGAAUUUCAAGGGGCACCAAUGGCGUCGAAACAUAAAGCCAUGAGCGCGGCAUCCGUUGAAGUGUACCAAUAUUUGACCGGUAUGCUGGCGAAUAACGCACCGCAGCAAUUCGGACAGCAUUAUAUUCAAUCAGGAAUGGAUAUUAACCCUAUGAUUGGUGCGCCGAUUGUUUGGCAUCCGGGAAUAAUUCAAAAUUAGAUCAGUUACUAUUGUUUUAUCAUUUGUUCCUGUCUCUCCUUUUUAAUUGGAAUUUUUAAUUACACACGAAACCUACUCAUGUAAUUUCAAAAGGAGAGCUUGAUAACUUUUCCUCUAUAUAUUAACCAAAUCUUUUAAUAUAUUUUUUAAUAAUUAUUAAAUAUUAAUAUAUUGAUUAAUGAAAUAUUUUAGUUCGAUAUCUGAUUUUAAGAUACAAUUCUACGACAGAAUUUACCUUUGAAUAUCAAUACUCAAGAUAUAUUUAACACUAUUUUAAAUAUUUGAAUGCCUAAGAUAGUUCAACUCUAAAUUAUUAAAG